CUGUACAGAAGGGUGAAGUACGAGGUAUUGUGGUUGGAGCCCACAUGGAUAAGGACUGCAAAUACAAUCCAGCACAGCAAAAGAUCUUCACAAACAAGUGUUUAAAGCCAGGCUGCAAAAGGAAAGAGAUUAUGAAAGUAGUUUGUGAGCAGUGUGGUGGCAACUUCUGCAUAAAGCAUCGGCAUCCUCUGGAUCAUGACUGCAAAGCAAGCAGCCGCCCCAUCUCCAAGGCUGGAUCCCCAGCUCUGAUGCGAGCCUCUCAAACUGCCUUCAAGUCAAUGGGAGCAAUUGCAGUGCCAUCUAAUGGGAACCUUCAGCACAACAGGUGCAGAUGAUAGAGGCUCUUCACAUCUGGAUCAAACCUUUGUCUACUUUUAAGUUAAUCUCAUCAGAAGCUCUUUUCUAUGCAAGUAAUUUAUUUUUCGUGCAA